AUGUCAUCUGCCCAGGACGAAGUGGACCGCCUCUUGAGCACUCACAAAGACUCUGUCUCCUGUCACCCUGAAGACCGGCACCAUCGCGACGAUAGAAGUUCCGAAGACGAGAACGACGACAUCCCGCACCGCGAAAAACGGUCUACGAGACUCACAUACAUCCCAUCCGACUCCGAUCCAGACGACGACGACGACGAAGACCGUUCCACCAACAUGCUCACUUCCAAAUCCACCAGCUACCAGAUCCCCUCGACAGUAUUCGACGCGAAUACCGGCCCCAAGGGCGUCAUCUCCGAUGCGCAGUCCUACGAGCGGGCAAAGAAGCGGUCGUUCCGUCGGACCCUGAUGAACGCGGCGGGCUUCGACUACCAGUCCUACACAAAGCCCGAAGCCAGCUACCACGCGAGGACCAGCUCUCCCAGACCUGGGUCACCGGAAGAAAGUGACGAUGAGAGGUUUAUGCGAGAGUGGCGGGAGGCUCGGAUGAACGAACUACAGAACAGAAGCACGAGGCGUUCCAGCCCGAGUAAACGGAGAUAUGGCACUGUGGAUGUGGUUGGUGCGAAUGGAUAUCUGGAUGCGGUGGAGAAGGUCACGGCGGACACGGUUGUGGUUGUUUGCAUAUAUGAUCCUGAGUCGUCGGAAAGCUCGAUCGUUGAAGAUUGCCUCAACACUGUCGCGCGGAAGCACCUUACAACGCGGUUUAUCAAACUGCACCACGAGAUAGCGGAGAUGGAUCAUGUCACAGCUCCUGCUCUGCUGGCCUACCGGGGUGGUGAUGUGUUUGCAACCAUAGUGGAUAUUUUCCGCCAGCUCCCCAACGGACGAAAUUGCAGCUCUUCGAGCCUCGAAGCACUUCUCAUGCAGCACCUCGUCCUGUGA